AUGGAGGCGCUGGUGCAGCGGGUGAGGACGCUGCGGGCCUCAAUAGAGAGCAGCGAGGGGUGCGCGGAGAGCACGGCCGCCGUCCUCGGCUCCUACGAGCAACGCCUGUCCGACAUCGACGCCGCCAUGCGCCCCAUCCAGGUGAGCAGGCAGGCGGCCCAGAGGGCGCACGACAACAUCGACAGGGCGAUCAGGGCCGCCAACGACAUCCUCGCCCAGGUCGUCACCGCCCGCGAGGCAGAAGCUACGAUAUUGAAGGGUCCCCAUGAGGAUCUGGAGAGCUACCUGAAAGCUGUGGAUCGUCUGAAACAAGUUGCUGGCUUCUUUACCUUGAAGGACAACUUCAAGAAUUGUGAACGGUUUCUGAAUGAUAUCAAAAUUCUUUUAUCCAAGUCUUCUCUGAUGAUUGAGGAGGAAUUCAAGAACUUGAUGAUUAGACACAGCACACCUGUUGAGCCUGAUCUCCUACUGGGUUGGCCUUCAAAGACAGAAUGGGCAAUAGAUGGCUACGCUGAAGCAAGUGGAGGGAAUUCUGGCGACUCUAAGCAUCCAUCCAAAAGCUUGGCAACUGCUAUGGACAGGACUCCAGCAAUGAUCCUCCCUAGAAUAGUACCACUUUUGAAUGCUUUAGCUCAGCGAUUUGUCCAGGAUGGAAACCAGCAGUCAUGCUACAGAAUUUACAGAGAUGCUCGUCGUUCGGCAUUAGAACUGAGUCUUCGGAAACUGGGAGUAGAAAAGCUUAGUAAAGAUGAUGUUGAAAGGAUGCAGUUGGAUGCUUUAGAGGCUAAAAUUGGCAAGUGCACCCAGUUUUUGCGAAUUGCGAUGAGACUCUUGCUUCCCGGAGAACGAAAACUUUGUGAUGAGGUUUUUGACGGCAUCAGCUUCAACAAGGAUCAGUGUUUCGCUGAAUUGGCAGGACCUGGUGUUCUAACUCUUCUCAGCUUUGUAGACGCUUUUGCUAAAAGUAAAAGGUCUCCUGAAAAGUUGUUUGUACUGCUGGACAUAUAUGAAGUGAUGCAUGUAUUUGGAUCCGAGGUUGAAGUAAUUUUGCAAGACAGCUUUUGCUCUGAGAUACGUGGGGCUGCCUUGGGCUUAGUGAAGCUGUUGGCACAGACGGCCCAAGAAACAUUUGUUGAUUUUGAGAAAAAAAUUGAGAAGGAUACUUCAAAGACUAACAUCCAUGAUGGAACUGUCCAUCCUUUGACUAUCUAUGCGAUCGAUCAUGUUAAAUGUUUAUUUGAUUACCAGUCAACAUUGAAGCUACUAGUUCAAGAAUUUGAAACAGGAAGUGAUACUGAAUUCCAACUAGGAGUUGUUUUGACAAAGAUAAUGCAAGCCCUUAAAAACAACUUAGAUGGGAAAUCUAAGCAGUACAAGGAUCCUGCACUGAUGUGCAUAUUUCUUGCAAACAACGUUCACUAUAUGGUUACGUCUGUUCGCAGAUCAGAAGCCAAGAAUAUACUUGGCGAGGAAUGGAUUCAGAGACAUCGUAGGAUUGUACAGCAAAAUGCUAAUCAAUACAAAAGAGUGGCAUGGAGUAAGGUUCUUCAGACACUCUCUGUUCAAGGUGCGAGCAGUACUGGUAUGUCAACACUGUCUGAUCUUAGCAGCAGUGGAGUUUCAAGAGCUAUGAUCAAAGAACGGUUUAAGUCCUUCAAUAUGCAAUUUGGAGAGCUUCAUGCAAAGCAAUCUCUAUGGACCAUACCCGAUCAAGAACUGCGAGAAACUCUGAGGCUAGCUAUAGCUGAAGUUCUCUUACCAGCCUAUCGGUCCUUUGUUAAACGUUUUGGGAAUCUUGUUGAAAAUGAAAAGAAACCUCAUAAGUACUUGAAAUACUCACCAGAAGAGGUGGAAGAGUUGCUGGAUGAGUUGUUUGAAGGACAGCAAUCUGGUGAAUCAAAGAAGUAA